AUGAAGCCUCCUUCUGCCAUGGUCUGGCUGGCUACCUGCCUGACGGCGGUAGCAGCCGACAGUCUCAGAGUCCCGGGAGAAUCCCCCCUCGAGUUCUGCAAAUCCAAUCGCGACCACGACGCCGUACAGAUUGAAAAGGUGGACAUUUCUCCCAAUCCUCCUAAACCGGGAAAGCCUCUACUCGUAACCUUCAAAGGAGACAUCAAGAAGAAAAUCGCCCGCGGUGCCUACGUCAAGGUCGUCGUGAAGUAUGGCCUGAUUCAACUCCUCGCCACUACAGCGGACUUGUGCGAGCAGACGCAGAACGUCGACUUAAGCUGCCCUCUUGAGCCUGGCAAAAUAGUCCUCACAAAGAGCAUGGACAUGCCCUCUGCGAUCCCUCCGGGGGUGUACACUGUUCUUGCCGAUGCGUACACUGAGGAAGAUGAGAACAUUUCCUGCCUCAAGGCUACUGUCAACUUUCCACGGCCCGAGCUUCUUGGAGAGGAGCUCUGA